AGUUCGGAGCGAGAAAUGAAAUCUAGUUGACGUCUCUAUGUUGGUGCAAUAACAAUAAAAGUGUAAUAGAUAUAUGAUAAAAGAAAUGGAAACAAAUACAACACGUGCCACGAAGAAGUCGAAUCACUUGAAAUGAACGUAGCCAAAACAAUGAUAUUGUAGGAGCAGCAGUAAUCGCUAUAAUGAGGUUUAAUAAGCAGGAGCUGGAGACGUUAGCCACUCAGCCGUCUAGUAAGUUUGAAAAAGAAGGCGUGCUGUACAUCAGAGAACGUCAGGAGGGUUUUUUUCGGAAGACAGAGAGAAGGGAUAACAAAAAAGACAAAAAGCGACUUCGUAAUCUAAGCUGUGUAGGGGGAACGAGUAAAGUUAAUUUGGAAAGAUGGUGCAGACUUCGAGGAAACUUAUUGUUUUACUUCAAAAGCAAGGAUCCGUGGUCCGAGCCAACAGGGCUCGUUGUCUUGGAGCAAUGUCUUGUUCGCAUAGAUCCACCGAUGGCCACAACACCAAUUACAGCAGAUGGCCAUUUCCCGUUUUACUUGGUUUUUGAUGGUGGGUUGUGUCAGUCAUUGGCCGCACCCUCCGAGAGCGAGAGGAGCAGUUGGAUUGACGCUAUCAGAGCUGCGAGUUACGAGGGCAUUAGAUCAGAGUUACACACGUUAAGACAAUGCAUCGAAAGAAGGCGGACUCAUAAACCUAAUAUCGAUUUGCAUAUGUGGCGGAUACAGCGCACCCACUCAAUCGAUUUAUCCGAGUUACCAUUAUGCGAGGUCGCCCUCGCCUGUGAUAACUUACUAUGCGACGGCCACGGCCGCCCCCCGAAUCCGACCCUGGUCAUCGACGUCUACAUGCCGUCUGUGAAAAUCUGGGUGCAAUAUGGUCGAACGGAAAUCAUCGAAAAAAGCAGUAAUCCAGGAUUCCUAUGCACCAUUUGCUUUCGAUCUUCAGACGGUCUCUGCGGCGAUUCCCGCAUCAGGUUCACAGCCUUCGAUGUACGUGAAAGGGUCUCCCAUACAGCCAUACCCUUGGGAUCUGCCGUUGUCUUGCUAAGUGCCAUACAGGACUCUUCGAGGUUGCGUAUCCCCUUGAUGUCCAGUGUCCAGAACACCAUUGGUUUUCUCACCGUCAGUGCCUGGUCUUUAGAAGCGGAGGAUAGGGGAAGCAGUACAGAGCACACACCAUGCAGAUUGCCACAUCAUAAUCCUCAAGUAUUUUCACAUAGAAGAUCACAAUCACUUCCUCCUAGAUUGGGUGCGAAGAUGCGUCUUCCUAGUCAGGCCGAGCUGAAGUUACUCUAUGCUUCGCCUUACGUUCAAACCUACCGAUUCCAUUCUGGUUUAGGAGGAGACAUUUGCGCACACGAACUAAUGGCGGAAAACAAAUUGUGCUUCUCGUUUCCACAACAGUUACUCAAUGUUUGGAUACAUCAGGAGAAAGAGCUGUUGCAAGAGGUGGCUGGGAUGGGUGAAUUCCGUGAACCAUGGCACUCGAGGCAAUUAGAGCUGCUAGAUCGGCAUUUGCACCUGCUACGAUUGUAUUCGCAAGCCAGAGAGAACCUGCAGGCCCAUAAGGGCAGCUUAUUUAAACCGAGCUCGCGUAAAUGGGAUCGCAGUUUGGAAUUUGCACCUGUUAAUUUACAUUUACAACGAAUGUGGGUCCAUAACGACACACUGAACAAAGCAGGAUUUUACGAUUGGAUGACUGUUGGAGCUUUCACUGCUCAUUCGCAUAAAUCCAAGAACGGAGGACUAAUAAAGUUGGUCCAACAGCUAAAGGAAUCUCCAUCCCGAACUAGUUGUAAUUAUCAAAUAUCAACAAAAAUUUCAAUGGCACAUGACGCGAUUCAAGCUAUAAAACAGUUACGUAAAGACGUGGUUGAAGCAAUGGUAAAUUUGAUGCGUUUAGCUAAAGAAAAGCAAACAAUCGGAAUGCUCCCAAUUUGCGAUGAGAUGAUAAAGAAGACACGUAUUCUGUUAGGACUAUGGGAUCCUGGUUUAGUCGAAGAAGCCUUAAACUUUAUUGAAGAACAUAAGUUAGCAGUGAACGAUGAUUCAGGUGUUUGUGAUGACUUCAGUUUGGAUAGCAACGAAAGGCCGAGUCUGGUGCUGUCGCCUUUCAAACGGAUCACUCAACAAUUAACUCUAGAUCUUAAGAGUCCAGAUUUGGAUGACUUUGCCACGCCUUGCACACCGCGCAAUGCGGAUGAUCUGUGGAAGUCGACGCACCACGUCUCCGAGAAAAAUAGUUUACUUAAUACGAGCGAAGGUGUCAAAAGUUUGUGCUCAAAUAUGCAGACACCGGACGAAAGCAAUUUUGUGAUUUUUCCAGAUUGCGAUGAUAAUAGUCGCGCAGUCGACGAUGUACUUAACUCUGAACAGAAAGUUGAUCAAAACGAUUCUGGGCGCAUGUUCUUAGAUACUCAUGUGAUGUGCAGUUCCCCAUCGGCAAACUAUUAUAAGCCGACUGAUGAGCCGGAACCAUGGGAUUUGACACAGCUUAAUAUCGAGGCCAGUGUAAUGUGUCUAGUCAGCAAAGUCAAAUUCUUAUGCGGACGCUGCGGCAGUCCAGCAGUACGUUUGAGACAAAGCCAGAAGGUUUCAUCUUAUGUGCCAGUUAAUACGAAUCAAUCGUCAAACGAUAAUGUGACCGAGGCUGUGAAAAAGGUUGUGAAAAAUGGUAACAAAUUUACCGACGGUUUAGAUCUGAACAAAAUAGUAGAUUGGGCCGCAGAACUCAGACCUAGCAUGAGAAAGUUAAGGCAGGCUAUGGACGGAUUACUUAAAACAGCGAGACUCACGCACUCUGUAUUCAGAGUCCAAGAAGAGCCUAAAGCUGCACAAAGAGUUUGCAACGUUCGCUACCGACGAGAUGUUUGCUUUUCACAAGCUUUGACUUCUUUAGUAGCUGCUUUGAUGACAAGAUUAUGGUGCCAUAAGCCGGAUCCGGCAUUUGUUACUUGCCUCAGUAGUCUGGGCCCCUUAGCUUCAUUUGAAGGUUUGCUUAGUUAUCACGGGAGCGAAAUCGAUAUGUGGGGUGAUAUGUCUAUUGCCAUCGAGGAUUUAAGAACUGUUAUGUUUGUUCUAACACGUUCUCCAAGUCCGACCAGUUCAGACCCUCAGCCGGUUCCGAAAGUAACGGGAAGCCGGAACGGUCUGACUGUUUCUUUACCAGUACCUGAUGCACUGUACUCCCUAAUUCCAAAUAGACAAAACAUUACAUUCAAUGUAACUCCAGUAUUCUUUAAUAUCGGUAUCAACGAACGCGCGACUAUCGCUGAAAGCAUAGGAGCCACACGAACUCAGGAAAGGUCUAAUGUGGAUAACUACGAACGUCUGAAUGAAUAUUUCUUAAGGUACAAAAAACUUAAUAUGCCGCAAACUCCAUUAUACAACGGAAGAGCUUCUUCGAGUGCCGCCCAGAUGCGACCCUUGCCCAAUUUGAUGGAAGACUUGAAAGUAUCUGUCGCUUGCGGUAAAUCUAAGAACGUUGACGUAUUACAUUUGGCGGCACAAAUUUGUAGACAAAUGAGAGGCUUAAGAUUUACAAGUUGCAAAAGUGCCAAAGAUCGUACUGGAAUGGCCGUAACAUUAGAACAGUGUCAAAUUUUAGUAGAUGAAUACCAUUUAGCGGAACAUGAAUUUCAAAGAGCACUUGAUUGCAUUAGAAGCGAGGGCUGCAGACGAGAAAAUACCUGGAAAAAUAUGAACGUGAGAAAGUACGCUUUCAAUUCACUGCAGUUGCUAUCUCUACCGAAGUUAUAUAGACCACCAGCUGGAACAUAUGGAUCUGCACGAACUUAAUUUAAAUUGUAGUAAAUUUCGAUUAUUCCAAGGUGCCAAUUGUAUACCUUAUAGUCACUACUUUAUAACUUAUACUUGUUAUUAAUCUAACGUUAUAUAUUUUUUUAAGUUAUAUAUAUAUAUAUAUAUUGUAUGUAUAUAAAUUUAUUUAUACUAAUUUAAUGUAUUAGAUGAGAAAUAUCUAGGACAAUCCCCUCAAAUAAAGUACAUAAUACAAAAUUCAUAAAAAUAGAACCUUUACUUAUUAUUUUUUUCAAUCUAAUUUUAUAUUACCUAAGCAAUUAGUGACUUGAUUUCUAUAGAACUAGAACACUAUUUAAAAAGAACAAUUGGAAAUCACAUUAUCCGUAGUCAUAUUUUUUGGGUUUGUCCCGGAUGGAUCUAGCAAAAUUUACGAUCCAAAAUAUACAUGAACCAAAUAAUUCACGGUAUUUUUAGUUUUCUUUCGAAUUUUCAAACAUAAUAAAAUGCAUGUAA